CCGGCCAGCGGUAGCAACUGCGGAACUGCAGGAGACAAUCUUUCUAGACAAGGCAGUUGAGGAGGAGGGAGCGCUUGAGGGGGACUGGCCUGGCGUGCACUCCGCACCUCGGGGACAUUAUUGCGCGUGGAACGGCUGCUUUUGGAAGACUAUUGCCCAGAAGAAAAGAUGUUUGGUUUUCACAAGCCAAAGAUGUACCGAAGUAUAGAGGGCUGCUGUAUUUGCUCCAGUUCUCGAUUCACUGACAGUAAACGCUACGAAAAGGACUUCCAGAGCUGUUUUGGAUUGCAUGAGACUCGUUCAGGAGACAUCUGCAAUGCCUGUGUCCUGCUUGUGAAAAGAUGGAAGAAGUUGCCAGCAGGAUCAAAAAAAAACUGGAAUCAUGUGGUAGAUGCAAGGGCUGGACCCAGUCUAAAGACUACAUUGAAACCAAAGAAAGUGAAAACUCUAUCUGGGAACAGGAUAAAAAGCAACCAGAUCAGUAAACUGCAGAAGGAAUUUAAACGUCAUAAUUCUGAUGCUCACAGUAUCACCUCAAGUGCCUCCCCAGCUCAAUCUCCUAGUUACAGUAACCAGUCAGAUGAUGGCUCAGAUACAGAGAUGGCUUCUGGUUCUAACAGAACACCAGUUUUUUCCUUUUUAGAUCUCACAUACUGGGAAAGACAGAAGAUAUGUUGUGGGAUCAUCUAUAAAGGCCGUUUUGGGGAAGUCCUCAUUGACACACAUCUCUUCAAGCCUUGCUGCAGCAAUAAGAAAGCAGCUGCCGAGAAGCCAGAGGAUCAGGGGCCAGAGCCUCUGCCCAUCUCCACUCAGGAGUGGUGA